AUGGCAAAUGAUAGUGGUAUUAGUGUAAUAACGAAAAUUGUGGAGUCUGAACAAAAGAAUCAAAUAUUACAUGAUUCUAUUUUGAAUAAGAUGCCUUGUUAUGAUAAAUAUGAAGAGAUCAAAAUUUUAUCAGUUGAAGAAGUAGAAUUAUUAAAAAAGUUUCAUGAUUUUAGUAAAAAGGAAAAAUAUGAAUAUUUUAAAGAAAACGAUACAAUUGUAUCUAUAUUAUUUAAUUGUUUACAAACAGAUUUCAAUCUUCAUUUAAUGCAAUAUGUAUUAACAAUAUUUUAUGAAAUAAUAAGAAAUGAUGGAAGUUCUUAUAGUUAUAUAUUAGGUAUAUUACAUGAUAAAGACAUGUAUGGGUAUUUAAUGAAAUUAUGUACACAUAGUGAUACGUAUAUAGCUGAUAAGAGUUCCUUUUUAUUGUCCGGAAGUUUUUGUUAUAAUAAUAAUUAUUUUACUGAAGUACAAAUAAAAGAAUUUAUUAUAAAAAUUGAUUUCUUUAAUGUUAGUGAAGAAGGAAAAAUGGAUAUAUAUAUAAAUAUAUUAAAAAUUGAUAAUUAUAGAAAAGAUAUAUAUGAAUUAGAACAAUUUUCAACUAUUAUAAAAAAAAAUUUAGAGCUAUCUAAUAAUAAUGCUAAUAAACAAUAUAAAUCUGUAUUUUGUAUAUGGCUACUAACUUUUAAAGAUUGUUUUAUUAAACAAUUAUAUAAAAAUAAUAUUAUUACUAUAGUAAUAAAUCUAUUUAAAAAAUGUAGAGUGGAAAAAAUUUUAAGAGUUUCACUUAAUAUAAUAAAAAAUAUUAUGCAUAUUGAUGAUUGUUUCGAAAUAAUAGUUGAUAAUAAUAUUAUUCAAACAAUGACAGUAUUGCAGUAUGAUAAGUGGAGAGACAAUGAUAUAUAUGAUACAAUAGUUCAGCUUCUCAACAAGUUAGACCAAAGGGUCAAAAAUUAUAGUAAUUUUGAACGAUACUGUCACGAAUUAUCCAACGGAAAAUUGAAGUGGUCCGUUUUACACACAGAAAAGUUUUGGCUAGAAAAUGUCAUGCAAUUUGAGAAAGAUGAAUUUAAGGCAAUUCAGCAAUUAGCUGAUAUAAUAAAAUUAUAUGCUCAUAAUAUUAUUCAGAAAAGUGAAACAGGUGAAAGCAAAGAAGAGAUAGACGCAGUAACUGUUGCUGUUGCUUGUUUUGAUAUUGGUGAAUUUGCUAGGUUAUAUCCUAAUGGUAAGAAAAUAUGUCAGAAAUUUAAAAUAAAAGAAAAUGUUAUGAUUUUAAUAGCUACAAAAGAUAGAGAUAUUGUUAGAGAAGCUUUAUUAUGUGCACAAAAAAUUAUGUUGAAUAAUUGGCAGAGUAUAUCAAAUUCGAAAUAA